CCAAUAUAUAAUCGCUGAUUCGCGGAUGUCAAACGUAAAUGUAGCUGUGACGAUGACGUGUUCGUUGCGUACCACGUGUAGGGCAUACACUUGACACGUCGCCUGCUACUCUGCGUUGUACCACCAGUCCGCGUUCGAAUCGCCUGACGAGUAGUACGUUGGUAUACGUUUUGUUGCCACGUUGCUGUCGAUUUUCGCACAAAGAGGUGAAUCAGAAGAAGAGAGAAGCAAACGACAGUUGUCUUCCGAGUGUCCUGUUCACGAGACUCAACUUGUAAACGAUCUGUAUUUUACGGAAGAUUUGUACAACGCAAGCACUGUCGGAGUAUCUGGUACAUUUCGAGAGCAAAUAGAGUUUUUGAACGAAUCUCUUAGUAUCUUCUUGGAUUGUCAACAAGAAUAGCUUGAUCAUGCCUGCCGCACCUAGUGCUACCUCCGUGGGAUCUAUCGGACGAUCGCCCAGCAAAUCCAUAGCGCCAAGAACAAGUGGUAGUGGUACAGUAAGACAGAGGAAAACCACCGUAACCACCUCCGCCAGGAACAGGAAUACUGGUACAAGCUCCGGUGGCAUGUGGAGGUUCUAUACCGACGACUCUCCUGGCAUCAAAGUGGGACCUGUGCCAGUGCUAGUAAUGUCCCUUUUAUUUAUCGCGUCUGUAUUCAUGCUUCAUAUCUGGGGCAAGUACACUAGAAACUAGAUUUAAGCUUGAUACAUUAAGAUUAACCUGGGAGAGAGA